UAAGGACAAAAAAAGAUGUUGCAGAGAGCAGCGAGCAAUGCUUAUUCAUGGUGGUGGGCUAGCCACAUCCGUACGAAGCAAUCAAAAUGGCUCGAGCACAAUCUUCAGGAUAUGGAAGAGAAAGUAGAGUAUACUCUUAAGAUCAUAGAUGAAGAUGGAGACACUUUUGCCAAAAGAGCUGAGAUGUAUUACCGUAAAAGGCCAGAGAUUGUUAAUUUCGUUGAGGAAGCUUUUCGAUCAUACCGUGCAUUAGCUGAACGCUAUGAUCAUUUGUCUAGAGAGCUUCAAAGCGCAAACCGCACAAUCGCCACAGCUUUCCCUGAACAUGUUCAGUUUCCUCUGGAGGAUGAUGAUGAUAAUGAAAAUGAAGAUCCGCAGAAACCGCCUAAGCAUCUUCAUCUGAUUCCUAAGGGAAGCAACAUACCUGAAGUCCCUGAGAUUCCAAAGAACGAAUUCAGGAGCCAGUCUAUGAUGUUGUCAAGAAAAGGACCAGCUGGUCUGAAAAGGACAGUAUCUUCUGCUCAAGCGAAGCGGGAAGUUGCGAUUGUGAGUUCUGGACUGAGUAAGGAAGAGGGCUUGGAGGAGAUUGAUAAGCUUCAGAAGGGAAUCUUGGCGUUGCAGACUGAGAAAGAGUUUGUGAGGAGCUCGUAUGAACAGUCUUAUGAGAGGUAUUGGGAUUUGGAGAAUGAAGUAACUGAAAUGCAGAAAAGGGUUUGUAGCUUACAAGAUGAGUUUGGUCUUGGUGCUGCGAUUGAUGAUAGUGAAGCUAAGACAUUGAUGGCCAGCACCGCCUUGAGCUCUUGUAAAGACACACUAGCUAAGCUUGAGGAGAAACAGAAGCAAUCUGUUGAAGAAGCGGAAAUCGAAAAGGAAAGAAUCGACACUGCUAAAGAGAGGUUUGAUGCACUGAGGAACAGAUUUAAUAAACCGGAAAUUAAUGAUCAUGGUGAGGUUAUUAAGACAGAAAAAGAAAAAGAUGUGGUUCAAGAAUCGAGCUAUGAAUCUGAGAGAGAAGAUUCAAAUGAGAAUCUCACUGUUGUGAAGCUUGCGGAGAAGAUUGAUGAUCUUGUGCAGAGGGUUGUUUCAUUGGAGACCGAUGCUACGUCUCAUACUGCACUUGUGAAGACAUUAAGAUCAGAGACAGAUGAUUUACAUGAACAUAUCCGUGGUCUAGAGGAGGACAAGGCCUCUCUUGUUUCGGAUUCCACAGAUAUGAAACAGAGAAUAAUCAUUCUUGAAGACGAGCUGAGUAAAGUUAGAAAGCUAUACCAAAAGGUGGAGGGUCAGAACAAGAGUCUACAGAAUCAAUUCAAGGAAGCCAAUAGGACUGCAGAGGAUUUAUCUGGGAAGUUACAAGGUGUGAAGAUGGAUGAAGAUGUUGAAGGAGCCGGAAUUUUCCAAGAAUUACAAGUUGUUUCAGGAUCAGAAGAUUCAAAAUCAAUCUCAAAGGAGACAGAAAGGAGAAGUAGUGUGGAGGAACAGAAGAAAGAUGACAUUGUAGUUAAAGAGAGUGAAGGAGCUCAAGAAGAGAAACCUGAGAUCAAAGACUCGUUUGCUUUAUCAGAAACAGCAAGCACUUGUUUCGGAACAGAAGGAGAAGAGCUGGUAACAGAAGACGAAGAUGAAGAGACACCAAACUGGAGGCAGUUGUUACCAGAUGGCAUGGAGGAUAGAGAGAAGGUUCUGUUAGAUGAAUACACAUCAGUACUAAGAGAUUACAGAGAAGUAAAGAGAAAGUUAGGUGAAGUUGAGAAGAAGAACAGAGAAGGAUUCUUCGAGCUUGCAUUACAGUUGAGAGAACUCAAGAAUGCUGUUGCUUACAAAGAUGUGGAGAUUCACUCGUUACGCCAAAAACUCGACACGCAUGGGAAAGACUCUCCACAUCAAGUAGAAGGAAGCAAUCAGUUGGAACAGGAUCAAGGACAACGAGAGAGUGUGAGCAUUAGCAUUUCACCAACUUCAAACUUCUCUGUUUCCACUACGCCGCAUCAUCAAGUUGGAGAGAUGAAGAGAACAAAGUCAAAUGAAGUUAGGGUGAAAUUUGCAGACGUUGAUGACAGUCCGAGAACAAAUAUUCCAACUGUGGGAGACAAAGUGCGUGCAGACAUUGACGCGGUGUUGGAAGAGAAUCUCGAGUUCUGGUUAAGAUUUAGCACAUCGGUGCAUCAAAUACAGAAGUACCAGACAACAGUUCAGGAUCUGAAAUCAGAGCUAUUGAAGCUGAGAAUCGAAAGCAAGCAACAGCAAGAAUCUCCAAGAAGUAGUAGUAAUAAUACAUCAGAGGCAAAGCCUAUCUAUAGACACCUUAGAGAGAUUCGGACAGAGCUCCAGCUAUGGCUAGAGAACAGUGCGGUUCUUAAAGACGAGCUUCAGGGAAGGUAUGCAUCGCUAGCUAAUAUCCAAGAAGAGAUCGCGAGAGUCACGGCUCAGUCGGGUGGUACUAAAAUAAGUGAUUCCGAGAUUAGUGGUUACCAAGCUGCAAAGUUCCAUGGAGAGAUACUUAACAUGAAGCAAGAAAACAAAAGGGUCUCAAGCGAGCUUCAAUCUGGUCUUGAUCGUGUAAGAGCGUUGAAAACCGACGUGGAGAGGAUUCUGAGUAAACUGGAAGAUGAUCUUGGGAUCUCAAGUGCAUCAGAAGCAAGAACAACACCGAGCAGGAGCUCGUCGAGUGGAAGACCAAGGAUUCCAUUACGGUCAUUCUUGUUCGGUGUCAAGUUAAAGAAGCAUAGACAACAGAAGCAAACUGCAUCAUCUCUCUUCUCUUGUGUCAGUCCAUCUCCAGCUCUGCAAAAACAAUCUAGUUACGUUAGGCAACCUGGAAAGCUCCCUGAAUAA